AUUUACCGGUUUUCACCCAGUAUAACGACAGUCUUACCCGACAUUUCGUGUAAAUCAGUGAUACGCAAUUAAAUAUUAUAUUUUCCUCAGCAAGUCAUCUAUUAAAUAAAGAAUGGCGGACGCAAAUAAAGCAACUCCAAAUUCUGCAAGUGCUCCUCGCCUCGAGGUAUUAGACCGGGUAAAAAAUAUUCCAGUGGUCCAUUCGGCGAUCGAGAAGACAGGAUCCACAUAUUCGUACGUUAAAGAUUCUCAUCAUUUAGUAAAUUGGGCGCUAAGCUAUGCCGAAGCAGGAUUGCAUUAUGCUACCGCGACAGCUGCACCACUUGCUGCUCCUUUGGCCAAGAAAUUCGAAGGACAGAUCAAUGCCGUCGAUCAGAAGUUAUGCGAAGGAUUGAACCUAGUCGAACAAAAAGUUCCGAUUGUGAAGAAACCACCUCAGCAGAUAUACGAUGCUGCUAAGGCGGUUAUGAAUAGUUCCUUACAACCGACCAUCGAGAAACUCAAUAUGGCAAAGGAGUCAGCUACGCAACAAGCAAAUACAUUCAAGGAAAUCAGCAUAACUAAAGCAAACGAACUUCUAAACACACAAUAUGGUAAUAUGGCUGUUCAAGGCGUUGACAAUACUAACGCACUCAUCAAUCGUUUGUUGGAUUAUUACUUUCCGGCAGUAGAGGGAGAACAGAAUGCGCCAAGUCCCAUUUCUGCGGAUGAGAACAAAGUUCUUCAUGCGGUACAAACGAUCGGUCAAUUAUCAACAAAAACUGCUAAUCGUGUCUACCAUUCAGUUGCUGCGCAGUUAAAGACAAUAAAGAAAGAAGACGUAGCAAUGUAUAUAUCAAGUGUGGUAUCUAUUCUUCAUCUUGCGCAAUUCUUGAAUACUGAACAGAAACAGGCAGAUAAUAGCCAGGCAAAUAGUUCAACGGAAAGUAAAGACGAGGAAAAGAAGUAAACAGAUAGUUCGAGGGCACUUUAUUUAUCCAUGCAUUCAAUUAGAUACGUAAUUUAACUAAUUUGUUACACAUUUCAAAUUUCCAAGAAA